AUGCCUUCAGCUCGAGAUAUCCAUGCUCGCAACGAAAGGUUUGCUAAGAAGGCCCGUGAUACGCAGGGUCUGCGCAAUACAUCGGGAAAGAACAAGCGCGGCCUUGUAAAGGCACCCGCGCAGGAAUCAGAACAGCAGGAGCAGGUUCCUCGGGCCUCGCCUGCAGUCAGAUACCUAGCUAUAUUCUUGAUCUUUGUGCUGUUGGGAGGAUUCGUUAUGGAGAUGCUGAGCCUUUUCAUGCGUUCCUUCUCGCGCGUUUAA